CGGAACGCGAGGGGCGAGCGCGAGGGAGCCCCCCUCCGAAACACCCUCCCGCCCCAGGAGCGCCUGCAGCGGCGGCCCGGCGAGAAUCGGCUCCAGGAGAUGAUAGAAAGUGACAUCUCAUCCAUGAUGUCAGGAAUUAUUCGAAACUCAGGGCAAAGUCACCACCCCUCUUCACAGGAAUACAGGCUUCUGGCCACCACUGGUGAUGACGACCUUCCUGGGGACCUGCAGUCGCUGUCGUGGCUCACGGCUGUGGAUGUGCCACGGCUACAGCAGAUGGCGAGUGGCCGCGUGGACCUGGGCGGCCCCAGUGCACCCCACGCACACCCAGGUGCCUUGACCAGGGCAGCUGACCUGCACGUGGGAGCCACCCCAGGUCCCCUGCUCCACAGCCCGGCCGCCAUGGCCCACCAAGGCAUGCUAGGUCUGGGUCCCAUGACCAACCAUGGAGCCAGCAUGAGCCAGUUCCCUAUCGGGGGCCAGCCCUCAUCCAGCCUGCAGGACCCGCCACAGCUAUACUCUCCCGCCUCCCAUCCACAGUUCCCGCUGCCCCCGGGCGUCCAGCAGUGCUCUCCUGUGGGCCUAUAUGGCCCCCCAUUUGGGGCGCGGACACCCUACCCCCAGUCCCGAAUGGCUGUGCAUGCAUCCCAGGAACUGCACCCCAAACACUACCCCAAGCCCAUCUAUUCCUACAGCUGUCUGAUCGCCAUGGCCUUGAAGAACAGCAAGACAGGCAGCCUGCCCGUGAGCGAGAUCUACAGCUUCAUGAAGGAGCACUUCCCCUACUUCAAGACGGCUCCCGACGGCUGGAAGAACUCGGUGCGGCACAACCUGUCUCUGAACAAGUGCUUUGAGAAGGUGGAGAACAAGAUGAGCGGGUCUUCGCGCAAGGGCUGCCUGUGGGCCCUGAACUUGGCCCGCAUCGACAAGAUGGAGGAAGAGAUGCACAAGUGGAAGAGGAAGGACCUGGCUGCCAUCCACAGGAGCAUGGCCAACCCUGAGGAGCUGGACAAGCUGAUCUCAGACCGGCCAGAAAGCUGCCGACGCCCUGGCAAGCCAGGGGAGCCGGACGCCCCCAUGCUGACCCACGCCACCACGGUGGCCAUGGCCCACAGCUGCCUGGCCGUCUCGCAGCUCCCGCCCCAGCCACUGAUGACCCUGUCCCUGCAGUCGGUGCCCCUGCACCACCAGGUCCAGCCCCAGGCACAUCUUGCCCCAGACUCCCCUGCCCCGGCCCAGACCCCGCCCCUGCAUGCCCUGCCGGAUCUGAGCCCCAGCCCCCUCCCCCACCCGGCCCUGGGAAGAGCCCCCGGGGACUUCAUCAACAUCAGCACUGACCUGAACACCGAGGUGGAUGCCCUGGACCCCAGCAUCAUGGACUUCGCUCUGCAGGGGAAUCUUUGGGAGGAGAUGAAGGAUGAGGGCUUCAGCCUGGACACCCUGGGGGCCUUCGGAGACUCUCCACUUGGCUGUGAGCUGGGCGCCUCGGGCCUGACCCCCAUCUCUGGCGGCAGCGACCAGUCCUUCCCCGACCUGCAGGUGACUGGGCUCUACGCCACGUACUCGACCCCGGACAAUGUGGCCACGUCAGCUGCCACCUCCUCCUCUCAGUACCUGAGUGCCCCAGGGAACAAGCCCAUAGCCCUGCUGUGAGCUGACGGCCUCCCUGGCUCCAGAAUCUGGACCAGGAGGGAUGCUCGCUGGGCUGGGCGUUCCCCGAGGAAAGGCCCCUCACCUUCCCACAGGCCUCCGAAACUUCGAUGGAGCAGCUGGCUGAUAGGGAUGCAGGUCCUCCCUCAUCUCCAUGGGAAGCUGCUGGGGCCUCCCCAAGUCAGAAGGAGAGAGGAGAGUGGACACGCACCCCCGCCUCCCCCACUUUCUGAUGCUCCUCCAAGGCCUGAGAUGCGGAGAACAAGCUUCUUCCUGCCUGCUUUCCCACUGGCUCCCA